AAAAUAAAUCAGUCUAUCGGCAUCUCUGUGAAUGUCAACAUUCCAAACUAUGGAUUUUCAUGAAAUUGAAUUGGAUUUCAAAAAAGAGUCAUCUAGUAACGAAAUCCCUACUGGAAUACCACAUCAGCUGGAAACGAAUCAAAACAAAACAUCGCAUCAUCGGAAGCAACAAGUUGACGAAAAUUCAAGCGAUAAAAGUGACGAUAAUGACCGAGAUAUGACACAAAAUACGGAAACAAUUGGCGUGGUAGCGAUGGGUCUUAACGGCGUAACGAGUUUGACGCUCCUGCUAAUUACCGGAUUCAUUUCCUACCUGGCACUCAUCAAUGGAGUCGUUCUUUUUUCAUUCCAUCCCAUUUUUAUGGCUGUUGGUUAUCUCGUGUUAAUGUUCCAAGCAAUAUUAUCAAUGUCAGAUUUAAAUUGUUGGACAGCCAAAUUGAAUUACAAGCAACGUGUCACAUUCCACUGGAUUUUGCAAGCUGCCUCACUUUCCUGCAUCACAAUUGGCUUUGUCGCCAUCUUCGUCAAUAAAGUCCGUUUGGGAAAGGAACAUUUUCACACGCUUCAUGCGAUUUUUGGUCUUAUCACGUACAUUCUCACAAUAAUCGUCGCUUGCGGUGGCAUUUGGACAAAAUACAGCUUCCAACUUCGCAAGUACCUGAAACCGGUAUACGUGAAAAUUAAUCAUUCGUUAAUGGGUGUCGUCGUUUUUGGACUGGGAAUUACCACUGCGUGUCUUGGCGUGUAUUCGAAGUGGUUCUUGAAGGUAUCGACAACCGACAUGCAAUUGCCCUUGGUGACAGCGAUGAUUUUGUGUGCAUUGUAUGUUUCGUAUAAGCCGAUGGAAUUGUGUCUGAAACGAAUCACAAGUUCACUAAGAUCUAGUUUGUAGUUAAUUUUAAUUGAAUAUCAAGAGCUUCCAAUAUAUAUUUUUACAUCUUAAUGAAUUUUUUGAAUUUUAAGGAUGAUGCAUGCCACAAUUUGUUCCUUUUGGAUUAGCUUGCACAAUGACGACAAUAUAAGAAAUGAUGGAAGAAAUUACCUGAAAUGAAAAAAAAAAAAAUAGUUGAGACGAAAAACGUAAAAAUUUGACUUACAGAUAAGAUUAAACGAUGAUUGCACUCAAACAUUUGCAAAAUGUAGACUUUUGGAUCCAAAUGUAUCAAUUGCAGUUUGAACUCUUCCAACUUUUUUCGUUCUUCCAUACUUUUAGAUGCAAUUAAAUCAUCCUUCAGUAGUAGAUUUUUCAAUUUUGAACAUUUUUCCAGCAAAAAAUUGCAUCCAGAUACUAAAUAGUAGAAUUUAAUGCACGAAAUCGAGGCAAAAAAUAAGUUCAUGAUGGCAUUUAAGAAAAAAAUAUCGUCCUCGACUCCCUUAAAAAUACAAAUAACAGCAGCAUAGACUGAAGUGACCUGAAAUUUUAUAAAAUUAAUAAUUUUUUAAAGAAUUUCGAAUAACUUACCGCCCAAACGAAGCCUGCAAAUACAGAAAGUAUCGAAAAAGCCAAUGAUAAUUCCACUAUUUGAGCAAAUUUUUGAGCCACAUUCAAUAUUUGCCAAUAAAAACUUGCAAAACAAUCGAUUUUAUCGGAAAAUCUACUACAAAAUCCUGAAUGAGCCUCGUGAUUCUCCAAAUGUUUGAUCGUAAUAUCGAUUAAAUGUCCAUUAAAAUAAUAAAAUGAACAAAAGACGUUAGUUAAAACACCAUCGAAUGGUGCACCGUACAAAAAAUAUAA